AUGCAGCAGGCCGACAUGGGGCGAGAUUCAAACGGCCUUGGACCAGACGUCCUUCGUGGCAUUAGUCUGCAAGAGCUUGAUAAACGUGCUCAGGGUCAUGAAGACCCGGUCAGCCUUUAUCUCGGCUGGCUGCAGGAGCACUUGAAUGAUUGGGAUCUGUCCGAUUCUGCCGCUUUCCGACCGCAAAUUGAGUCUUGGUAUGCCUCGCUGCGCUUUCGUGGUUACGAUGACCAACGCGUCCGCGAUGCAUUUGCCGCUUGGAUGUCAAACCAGGUUCAGAACGAUGCCAGUUGCGCACGGCGAUUUUUGGUGGUCCAGGAAGAGCUGCUUUCAAUCUUGGGUGGGGACCAGACAAUCCAGCCAAGAGAUCUUGGAAUGGACCAGGGGAUUACUGGUGUUAUCACUGUAAAGGAAGACAAGAUCAUCGACGUUUCGUCUGGCGAUGGAGACAGUGAUGUGGAGUUUCUGGGCUGGAAGCGUCCAGACAACAUGCGCAGUGCUUCCAAGUCCGCGAGACAUACUUUCCCUCCACUCACCGGGGCCAACAAAGAGACUCAGCUUAUGCAAGGGACCGAAUGUGCUGAGCCCAACGAUGGGUUGAAGGGUAGUAAGGCACGAAAGAGAGCACCCAGCCGUAUUCCCAGCGGAAAACCUCCAAAGGGAUAUGUCUGUGGUCGAUGCGGUGAAAAGGGACAUUUCAAGGAGCAAUGCCCUACGAACCUUGAUCCAAGCCUCGAUCCGAAACCAACUGGCGGUUACCAGUGCUACUGCUGCGGUGCCAAAGAGAAGCACCUGACAACUCUCUGUCCCCUCAACGAGAAUCCCAACUCAUUGACGCAGCAGCGUAUCAAGGCUGGCGUCACGCUCAGCGAUUCAUCCCCGCCACCACGUGGAGCUGACCAUUACCGCCCGCGCAAGGCAAAGAAGACAUUGACCAGAACUAUGGACAGCGCACCCACCUACGGGAAUCGCCGUGCUCUAGGCCAUUUUGAAGAUGAUGAUGACCAUCGUAUGGACCCGGGCCGGCUCGCCUGGUUGGAACGUGACGACCGUGGGCGCUCCUCGCCUCAGUCUGAUGACCGAAUGAAAGGCAUGGAGAGAAGCCACUACUCACCAUCCCGGGAGAAGCGUGGUCGGAGACCGAGCAUUGAGGAAUCGCAUCGGACGAAGCGAACUCGACGUUGGCGUGAAAGGCCUCGGGGUGAUUCUCAAUCCAGUCAAAGCGAGCGAGAAGAGUCUGCAGAGCUAAUGCCACGUGUUGGUCAUCACAAUAGUGGCGACGGCCGUCUUUCCUACUGGGACGACGGCUACAACGAUGUCAAAAUGUCGAGCGCGCUCUUUUCAGAGGAAAGCAGGCGGUCGGUGCCUACCGUGCACCAUCCUUCAGACCGUCUGGAGGCCGAGAUACAGCGUUUGUACCCUGAUGCUCAUGCUGCUUGGAUCUGCGACAUGGCAAGCUUUGACGUGAAUGACUUCUUCCGUAGAUUGGAAGACUACCAUUCUGCCGCGGGCACAAUCCAAAUCGAGGAAGAUGCACGAAUGGAAAUGAAUAUCUUCGAUGACGAAGACAAAGGUCAUGCUCUCCCUACAGUCCGAUUGCCUCCAGCGCAGAACGCUUGUACGGACGCAAUCUCGGAUGCACAAAUGUUCGCUCACGCGCACCAAUACCGAUCAUCACUUGAUGACACACCUCGUACAAACGACAAUGAGGAGCACGGUUGGGACGGCUCACAGAAAGGUGACAAGGACAGGAAACCCCAUGAUCACAACAGUGAGAUCGUCGUCAAGUUGCCACAAGGGACUCGCGCGGCACUAGACAUGGACAGUUUCAGUGCACAGUUGAAAGUCGACUCGCCUCCCCCGGAUGGCUCGAGCCCGGAAAGAGACCCCUAG